AUGUCAUCAUCAUCAUAUAAUGAUCAAUCACAGAUGUUGACAGGUCUUUUACAACAACAUGAUGAUCACUCUCAUGACCACGACCAUGACCAUGAUAAUGAUGAUCACUCGCACAAUCACUCACACGACCAUGACCAUGACCAUGACUCACAUGAUAUCAGUAGUUUGGAUAUAAGUCAUAUUGAAGAGGAGAACCAGACAAUACAUACAUCAUUCGAGGCACAUCUCAAUGGCAUUGCUGGACAGGACUAUGAGUCUGACCCCGAUCUAACUGCACCAAUCUCUAUAUUCAGUUGUAAUAGAACAAGACUACUAUUUGCAUUGAAAGAGAGUCUACAUCUAUUACUUAUCAUUGGUGAUGAUACAUCACACGUCACUCUAUUACAUCGAUGUUUCUCAAGACUAACUGGUUCAAAAGUGGAUGCAUCAAUGCCAUCCAACAGCAUAUUACCAUUUGGUCUAAGGGCGCCAAGUUAUUUAUUCACAACAUCAAUGAGAUACUUUGACUUCAAGACGACGAUAUUCUUUUAUUUGAUGUAUCAGAUGAUAUCAUUCUUCAUCAUGAUGUGGCUUGGAAGUGGAGUACAUUAUAUCAAUGGUCUAAUGGGCGCACCAAUUUGGAUACGUGGAGUUGAGAGUGGAUUCGCAUCAGCAGGUGUAGCAAUCUUUGCAAUGUCCGUCUAUGAUCUGAGUAAGAAUCAUAUCUCCACCAGUAAUAGAUUAGACAAGGUUAUCUUCCUUUAUGUACUAUCACUUGUAUUCAAACAACACUGGAUAUAUGUUCUGAUGUCAUCUGUUGUGUUGUCAGCAUUGGCAUUGGGAUCAGAACGUAUCAUUUCUAGAAUUCCAGCAUUCAGUUCAUCAUAUCCAACUUUGGACAACAACAACAACAAUGUUGGAAACAACAACUACAACAAGGAUAGGAUGGAUAGUAGUCAGAUCAUAUUCAUGAAGAAUGGUUAUAGGGUCACGAAGAGACAAUCAUACAUUGUAUUUGGUGUUUAUGUACUGCUGUUAGUUGGUCUCCUGGCACUAGCGUUUGCAUUCCCCAGGGAUGCCGAGAUACAGACGACCACAUCAUUCUUUGUUAUUGGAUCAGCAAUGGUUGGCGGCGCAGGCUAUUUCUCCCUGCCUCUAAUGCUGGAUGCAAUGAUUGGACUACUGCGAGUACAGGAUUUCCUCAAAGGAUACACAUUGGUACAAGUACUACCAGGAUCAUUCAUCAACCUAUCAAGUUAUCUGGGGUCUGCCUACUCAAAUAUGGCAUUUGGAAUGUUACUAUGGACGAGUCUCGUGCUUCCAAGCGUCAUGCUAAACUUUGCCGUUUAUCCAUAUUGGAGCAAGAUCAAAUCAUCACCAUUCCUAAGUUCAUUAUUGGAUUGCCACAUGAGAGCAACACUUGGAUUAUGUGUGGCAUCUAUUGCCGUUCUGUGGCAAAAGUCAGUGUUCACUGUCGAGUUCUCAAUCAUUACAGUGUUUGUCAUUGGAUGUAUGAGCUUGUUUGAUGUCAAGAGUCCAAUAAUGAUUGCACUCUCUGGUGGCCUUGGCUUUGUUGUACAAAACUUUGUGCUAAAACGAUAA